AAGAGAGAAACAAUUUUUUUUUCCUUAAGAGGGAAACAAUUUGAUAGUCACCCGCACCAAACUUAAGUGGGGUAAUUGUACCCACCCCACCACCCCUCCCCCUUUCAUUUCCGUACCACUGAAUAUGUACCUCAACACGUACCCCAUCAUUUCUUUAUAAAUUGCCCCCAUCGGCUCUCAUCACAAUUUACAUUACACCACCACAAAUCUUUCUUCUAUAGCGUCCGAUUCAAAAUUAUAAAUAUAUAUUUCCAUAGCGUCUACAUAUAUUUUGUGGUGAAAUUAGAGUAGUUUAAAGGUGGUGUUACACCGCUGAUGAGGGAAGUGGAGAGAUCAUCAAGUGAUAAAAGUGUUUUACCAAAAUUAGGCGAUGGAGAGUCCUUACCACGGCGGUCCGCCGGUUACCAGCCACGGCGGAGGUUCACGGCCGUCGCUGGGGUUCCCUCUCGGCACCGCCCUGCUUCUGGUGGUGAUCUUCAGCCUCAGCGGCAUCUUCUCCUGCUGCUACCACUGGGACAAGCUCCGCCGCACUCUCUCGCUCGAUGCGGCCGACGCUGAUCUUGGCCCUAUCAAGCCUAAACCCUCCAACACGAAUUUGAAGCAAAAAGAGAAUCAGAGCUUGCCUGUUAUAAUGCCGGGAGAUAAUGUUCCCAAGUUCAUAGCAUUGCCGUGUCCGUGCCAGCCGCCGCGGCAGGGGAGCGUCGUCGUCGAGGUGGAGAUCCCGCCGCCCAAGCCGCCGCGGAUCGCUGUGCCUUUCUACUGAACUAAUUGCCCCAUCCAUUCCAUCGUGUAUAGAUUUUUUGAGUUCGGUUACAUUAUCAAUGGACUUUUUACUACUUUCUUUUGCUUCUUUUACUUUUUUUUUUUUUUUUCAGGGAACUUAUUCCUUGUUUUUUGAAUAUGACUCACAAUUGGAUAUAUUUUCAUGUAACAAUUUUACUUUUGAAUGUAAACUUGAAACGGUUUCACUAUAACAACAGAAGGAAAAUAAUUGUUUCA